AUUUUGUUAAUAUAGUUAAAACAAAAUAACGUAACACUUGUUACUUGUUUACAUCACAAAUUUAUGUACCUUUUAUAAGUUCUUACAAAUCACAAUCAUAAUUAUUACCAGACAGGUAAUUUAUUUAUAAAAUAAAAGUGGACUUAAAUUGAUUACCGCUAUCAACUUUGGUAAAUGACACAUGUACAGUAGAUCAUAAAUGAAAAAAAUAUUAUGCUUUAUUAUUUUGGUAUUUUGCUCUUUAGAGAUUAAUUUUAUAUUAUUGAAAAAUGUUUAGUGUUUAUAGUUAUAUAACUAAGUGGUUUUUAUACUUUUAGGUAAUUUUUCUACAUUUCAGACUUGUGGCCUCAUGCGUGCCUUUAUGUUAAGUGUCUUUUUAGAAUACUUUCAUAUCAUCUAGUUCUGGGCCCUAGUCAUACCAGCUCAAAAUAAUGAAAUGAUUGUUUAAAUCUUUAAAAUGUUGCUUCCAUUGUUUAUCUUAAUUAAUAAUUAUUCAUUGGCGGGACAACAAAAUACGAUUGCCUCUCAAGGAUAUAAUAAUAUGCGACCAUCAUUUUCUAACAGUCAAAUGCUAUUACAGCAACCUCAGCGAAGAUUUAAUGUCAAAAUGGACAAAACAAUUGGUCCUGUUAUUCUGAGUGGUGCUCCUAAACUGUAUACAUCUAAACCUGAACCACCUCAAAUACCAUCAAACGAUUUGAUGAUUAAAGCAGAAGAUAUAUUAAAAAUGACAACAAGCAUCAAUCCGUUAAAAAAAGAAUCUAAAAAAUCUCAACCUACAGUAUUGCCAGGUAAAGAAAUGGCAGAGGCUGUUAAAGCAACAUCUAAAACAGUUGUUGUAUCAGCUGGAGGUAAUGCUGUUGCCGCAGCUGAAUGUGCUGCCUCAAUCCCAAAUCAAUCUGCCAAAAGCAGAGGAAAGAAAAAUAAAAAGUUCAUACGAACUUCGGGUGGACAGGUCUGGGAAGAUCAAACACUAUCUGAAUGGGACGAAGAUGAUUUUCGAUUAUUUUGCGGAGAUUUAGGUAAUGACGUUACUGAUGAAUUAUUAGCUCGAACAUUUAGUCGAUAUCCUUCAUUCCAAAAAGCCCGUGUUGUACGUGAUCGUCGAACUAUGAAAACUCGAGGUUUUGGGUUUGUAUCAUUUAAAGAUCCAGCAGACUUUAUUAGAGCUACAAAAGAACUCAAUGGUCGAUAUGUGGGUAGUAGACCAAUAAAACUACGGAAGAGUAUGUGGAAAAAUAGAAGUUUGGAAGUAACUAAAAAGAAGGAAAAAGAAAAGGCUGCACUUAUUAAUUUAUUAACUGGUCAAUCUUCAUAACAAUAUUUUCUAAUCAUAUAAGUAAACUAAAUAUAUUUCUGUAAAAUUGUAAGCAGUAAAUUUAUUUUUAUUUGA